CGAACUUGCACUUCAAUUCCUCCACCAACGUGUCUCCAGUCUUCAAAGCUCACCGUCAACAGCAUGUCUGAUUCAGAAAGCUCAACCCACGCUGUUAGCCCCAAGGUCGGUACCGUUGCAAGACCGCCAGGUGCGCAGGUUCGGCGGAGGGCUGCAAACACGCAGGUGAAACCGAAUUCAACGCGUGCAGCAGGAGCUGGCGGCUCUUCGGGGACAAUGCUGAAACUUUACACUGACGACUCACCAGGGCUGCGAGUAGACCCAUAUGUCGUCCUCAUACUCUCGUUGGCGUUUAUUGGAUCUAUCUUCUUUUUGCAUAUUUCCGCCAAAAUAAUCCGGUCUUUCACCAAGUGAUAGCCUUGUA